UGAUUGCGCCCCUAAACCAACUGACAACUCUACUUCCACAAACUUAAACGCAUAUCAGUGGCCCUCCUGUGUCUUCGCCUUUUCUCAGACCCAACAACGAAGAAUACCCUGCGUGUCACUAUGGCGUCUUGUGAAUGUGAUGAACCAAUGCAGAGUCCAAGAGAUGAUGAUGACUCUCAAGAUUCCCCUCAGAAGAAAUCCAAACGUUGUCCAGAGAAUAACACAAGAAUCAGCCAUAUCGCAGAUCUUGAGGCGCUGAAGUCUAAUGACAAUGGACUCUCUACAUUUUCUUCAUUUGAACAGGAAGAGGUUGAGCAAAAAGUAAUUGCCAUAUUCAGGAACUUCAAAGAGCUCUUGGAGGAAGAAAUAGAAAUCAACGAACCAACGCUGUUGAGAUCUGCGCAUAUGAAGUAUCUCAUAAAAAAUAUUCGCCAUCUGUCCACGAACUAUGAGUGCUUGGAUGCAAGUCAACCAUGGCUAUGUUACUGGACACUUCAUGCCAUGGAGGUCCUGAGUAUCCCCAUUCCAGAUGACCUGGCUUCCGACAUCGUGGCUUUCUUGAAGAAGUGUCAGCAGCCAAGUGGAGGCUUUGGGGGUGGCCCAUACCAGCAGGCACAUCUGGCGCCUACUUAUGGUGCUGUCAAUUCGUUAUGUAUCAUUGGAACAGAAGAGGCCUACAAUGCGGUUGACAGAGAAAAUUUGUACAAAUGGUUGACAAGGCUUCAUGAUAAAACAGGUGGAAGCUUUAGCAUGCAUGAAGGCGGAGAGGCGGAUGUGAGAGGGGUGUACUGUGCAGCUAGCGUAGCCAGAUUGACCAAUAUCUACACACUAGGUCUCUUUGAGAAGACAUCAGAAUGGGUUGUUUCGUGUCAGACGUAUGAAGGUGGCUUUGGUGGUGCUCCUGGCCUCGAGGCCCACGGUGGAUAUUCCUUCUGUGCUUUUGCCGGCCUGACUCUGAUGAACAAGGAAAACAGCUGUGAUAUCAAGAGUUUAUUGCGCUGGACAGCAAAUCGUCAGAUGCGUCUUGAAGGUGGUUUCCAAGGUCGAACAAAUAAACUCGUUGAUGCAUGUUAUUCAUUCUGGCAAGGAGGUGUCUUCCCUCUGUUGCAUAGAGCACUUGCUGUUCAUGACGACCCUGCCUUGAGUUACAAGCAUUGGAUGUUCGAUCAGAGAGCCCUGCAGGACUACAUUUUACUUUGCUGCCAGUCUAGCCACGGAGGCCUAUUUGAUAAGCCGGGGAAGCACACAGAUCUUUACCAUACCUGCUAUGCUCUAAGUGGUCUGUCAGUUGCUCAGCAUUUUGACUUUGGAAAGUUACAUGAGAAAUAUCGAGUGGGAAUUAUGGACAAUGAAUUAAAAAUCACCCAUCCAACGUUCAACAUAUGUCCAGUAGCUGUAGUGCAAGCGCUGCAGUACUUUUCCACGCAGCCUGUCCCUGGAAACCAUCAAGCAUCUGCAUGAUCAACAAGAUAGCUGGUCGUACCUUCCAUCAAUCAGAGUCUGCUAGAGUCAGCUUAAUUCAUUUAUGUGUCUCAGGUUUUGGUGAUGUCUUUUGGACUGGGUAUCAAUGGGCUCCUGUCUUGUAACUGUGGCAUCAUGACCUUUUGGGACCAGACAAAAGGAUGAGCUUGUUCUUUAGAUGUGGUUUUUAACUGUGAUGUGUGACAAACCUUUUCAUUGGCAUUUUUAACCUUCUGGAAAUAUGAAACAUAGGAUGAAACGCAUCAUAUGAACUUUUCACACUGCAAAAUGACUUUCAAAUUAAAUGCUGCCCCUACUUCCGAUCCCUCAAGUUUAGGCCAUCGAAACCUGAUAUAACUCACUGUUGGUGAGCCAAUCUUUUCAAAGUUCAGGUCUGGGGGGGAAUAGCCACAUUCACCUCACAUUUUGUAUAUAUCCAUACACUGGGCAAGAUUCUGGUACAGCUUUCUUUGUCUUUGAGUUUGUUUAAUGAUUGUGUAGCAAGAUACUGUUACUUUUUGUACUUCAUUUAUGGCAAGAAAUAAAUCUUGAAAAGAAAUUGAGAAAA